GGGAUUGCUAAUCGUAUUCAGCAUGUUUUGCACAAGAAAUGUCAGCCAGAAAGGGCUAUCUGCUCCCUUCGCCAAAUUAUCCCACAACAAUGUCAUGCUCGGAGAGCCCCGCCGCGAACUCUUUUUUGGUCGACUCGCUCAUCAGCUCGGGCAGAGGCGAGGCGGGCGGCGGUGGCGGUGGCUCUGGGGGCGGCGGCGGCGGCGGUUACUACGCCCACGGCGGGGUCUACCUGCCGCCAGCCGCCGACCUGCCCUACGGGCUGCAGAGCUGCGGGCUCUUCCCCGCGCUGGGCGGCAAGCGCAAUGAGGCGGCGUCGCCGGGCGGCAGCGGCGGUAGCGGGGGCCUGGGUCCCGCGGCGCACGGCUACGCGCCCGCACCCAUAGAUCUGUGGCUGGACGCGCCCAGGUCGUGCCGGAUGGAGCCGCCGGAGGGGCCGCCGCCGCCGCAGCCCCAGCAGCAGCCGCCGCCCCCACCGCAACCACCCCAGGCCCCGCCGCAGGCCACCUCGUGCUCUUUCGCGCAGAACAUCAAAGAAGAGAACUCCUACUGCCUCUACGACUCGGCGGACAAAUGCCCCAAAAGCUCGGCCGCCGCCGCUGAGCUGGCCCCCUUCUCGCGGGGCCCGCCACCCGACGGCUGCCCCCUGAGCGCCUCCAGCGGGGUGCCAGUGCCCGGCUACUUCCGCCUCUCGCAGGCCUACGGCACGGCCAAGGGCUACAGCGGCGGCGGCGGCGGCGCUCAGCAGCUCGGCGCCGGCCCUUUCCCCGCGCAGCCCCCCGGGCGCGGCUUCGACCCGCCGCCCUCGCUCGCCUCCGGCUCGGCCGAUGCAGCCCGGAAGGAGCGAGCCCUCGAUUCGCCGCCGCCCCCCACGCUGGCUUGCGGCGGCGGCGGGGGCUCGCAGGGCGACGAGGAGGCGCACGCGUCGUCCUCGGCCGCGGAGGAGCUCUCCCCGGCCCCUUCCGAGAGCAGCAAAGCCUCGCCGGAGAAGGACUCCCUGGGCAAUUCCAAAGGCGAAAACGCAGCCAACUGGCUCACGGCAAAGAGCGGUCGGAAGAAGCGCUGCCCCUACACUAAGCACCAGACGCUGGAGCUGGAGAAGGAGUUUCUGUUCAACAUGUACCUUACUCGAGAGCGGCGCCUAGAGAUCAGCCGCAGUGUCCACCUCACGGACAGACAAGUGAAAAUCUGGUUUCAGAACCGCAGGAUGAAACUGAAGAAAAUGAACCGAGAAAACCGGAUCCGGGAGCUUACAGCCAACUUUAAUUUUUCCUGAUGAAGCUCCAGGCAACGUUUUUUGCUUCCAGAGCGCUGGUCCCCUCCCUGUGUCUUCAAGCCUCUGCCCAGGAACUCGCACCUGUGCCGGAGCCCCAUUCCUCCCUCCCACAUUCGCCGUCUCCCAGGCCGUUACAUCUGUGCAGGGCUGGUUUGUUCUGACUUUUUGUUUCUUUGUUUGCUUGGUGCUGGUUUAUUUGUUGUUUUCUGGGGGAAAAAGCCAUAUCGUGCUAAAAUUCUAUAGAGUUAGAUAUUGUCCUAAGUGUCAAGUUGUGACUGGGCUGGUUUGCUGUCUUGAGGUCCCACUGCGUGAAUGGUCCCUGUCCUCCUCCACUGUGCUGGUUUCCUGCCAGCCUUGGGCAAACCUAGCUGGAAGGCGGAGGUCCCAUUGUUGGCGCUGAGGUGUCUGGCCUGAGGUCAAUGGUGCAAGGAGCCGUCACUGGGCACGCCUGCCUGGAGUGCUGGGCUGUGUUUAAUCAGGGGAUACAGGCCCCUGGGUUUCUUUUUUCUUUCUUCCUUUCUUCCUUGGCCAAGAGAAGGGCUUACAGGCAUGCACAUGCAGGUUGGCAAGAGGGCUUGACUUUGGCUGAUUGAGAAAGCGAGAAAGAAAGAGUCAGAAAGAUUAAUUUUUCCUUCCUCUGUAAGAUAUCCCAGCUUUAAAAGAAAAAAAAAAGAACGACCAAGAGAAGGAAAGUUCUCUUCUAGUUUGUGUAAGGUCUUGCAUUGCCUGACUAAAAUGUCUCAUUUACCUCUGAAUUUCCAUAUCCUUCUGGCUGUAGAUAAAUAAUGUAGUUUUGUUUAUACACAUGGAAUUAGUGGAUUUUUUUUGUCAUUAAAAUUGUUACCACUGGUAACGUGUGACAAGCACACCACCAUUCUCCCUAUUUUGUGGAGUUUUAAAAAAUUCACUUUUUUUUCUUUCUGAAAUUUACAGAAGCCUAGGAGGGCUGGGACAAGCGUAAUAAACUAGUGAAGGGAGACAUUGUUUGGAUUUUCUUUAUACUGUGAAGUUACAUGCAUAAAAGGGUCAAACCUGUAGGUGCAGAAAAAGAAAAAAACUAUAAAUACAAAUCUGUACAAAUGUCUAUUAUGAAAAAUUGCCAAUCUUGUUUUAAGCAAAUGCAUUCUAUCAUUAUUAUAAAUGUUAGUUUUAGCUCUAUUUACUUCUAAUCUUAAAUCAGAAUAAAUUAAUAUUGUAUUGCUGCUGUGCGUGGAAAAAAAGACGAUGUUAUGUUCUUAUAGAAUAAAAGCUGUGGAAUGAA